CCUGCUCUCGCGGAAGUGACGGUAUAAACCCUUGGCAAAACAUGCACAUGUGAGAGCUGCGUGGUGAGGAACCCAAAUUUACUUCAAAUACACUUCACUGUCUACGUGAAGAAAGACUUCGGGCGUGUAGUAUGAAUGAACCAGGACAUUAUCCUCCGCCGGACUUCGGCUGUCCCCCUCCAAACUUUAUCCAGCCCUUCCAGCAUCAACAGCAGCCGCGCUCCAGCAGCUUCCACCCCAGUAUGUGGAGUUGGUGCGAGACGCCCUCCGAGCCCAGCUGGGACCACAGCGGCCAGGCGGGAUGGCAUCACGGGGCAGCGGCAGGGUUUGGUUUCCCAUCAGGCCGUGGAAACUAUGAACUUAAACGUCCAUACGGUCAAAACUUUGGUCGUGAAUGGCAUCAAGGAGGACAUCGCGGUGGAAGACAGAAUUAUGGACCCCCCAACAAUCAAGGGAAAAAGCAGAAAAAUAAGAAGGAACCAGAGUAUUGCCAUUUUUGUGACACCUGUGAUCGGGGCUUCAAAAACCAGGAGAAAUACGAUGAACAUGUUUCUCAACAUGUCAAGUGUUCUGUGUCCGACUGCACCUUCAUGGCUCAUGAAAAAAUAGUCAGCAUCCACUGGAAAAAUAACCAUGCACCUGGCGCUAAAAGAAUCAAGCUGGACACACCAGAAGAGAUUGCAAAAUGGAGAGAGGAGAGGCGCAAAAACUAUCCAACACUUCAGAAUAUGGAAAAGAAGAAAAAAGUGAUGGAGGUACGGGAGGAGACAGGAGCCGUUCUAGAGACAGCUCAGUUUGGACGAAUGAGAGGCAGAGGAUGGGGACGGGGUCGGGGUCGCGGCUGGGGUAACAGAGGGUUCCACGGACGACAUCCUCGAGGGCCUCACCCAUCAGACGGCAAUGCUACAGAGAGACCUCCACCCCUCACCCAGCCCUGCAGGGACGGGGAUCCACUGGGUGCGCUGGCCAGCAGCGACCAUGAUUCUGACCGAGAGGACGCAGCUGCUGAGUCCAGGACUGGCGGCCUGGUUGUGGCUCCUAAACAGAUGAGCUCGGCUCUGGGCUCCCUGGUGGCUAACUACGGCUCCAUGAGUGAGAGUGAAAGUGAUGAGGAACCAGAGGACACCCCCAUUCAGAGAGCCAAAGACCUCGUGCAAGAAAACCAGGCUCUCCUAAACACAAUACCACCAAGCUCCCAGGACAGAGGACCCCCUAGAGGCUGGGAAACCUCUUCACAGGGCACAGAGACUCACAAAGCCCCCCAGCCUGACAGUGCCCUUCACACACCUCACAGCAGAAGAGGAAGAGGGAGAAGAGGAGGCAGGGGAGGAAGGGGUGGUAGAGGAGGACACCAAGAUACACCACAGACACGUCGUCCCACUCUACUUGAGAUGUUACUGGCCCCAGAUAUCCGCCAUGAGAGGAAUGUCCUCCUGCAGUGUGUGCGCUAUGUUGUCCGCAACAACUUCUUUGGCCUGGAGAGCAGACCUCACACCCAGGAGGGGAUAAAGGAUAAAGCCACAUCAGCUAUCUCAAAUGGAGGGCAUGAAGGGAGGCAGACUCUGGUUGGUGGAGAGAGAAGUUCAGCAGAAGUUAGUAAUGAGGAGGAUUUAGAAACAAGUAAAGCUGUUGUAAUUGACAAGUACUUGCCACAAAACUCUAAGGAACAGGGUUUGCAGAGUGAGCAAGAAUGCUCAGAACCAUCCAAGGAUCAUCCAGCAGCAAGUGCUGAGCACUUUGAUUUCAUCCAAAAUGCUGAAGAGACAACUGCCAAAGACUGCCACAGCCUUGAUUUGACGGCCACAGAUAAAAUCACAUCUACCUCUAAUAUUUAUGAUGAUGAAAUAUGGGAGAGCCCUGGUGCUGUUAUGUGAAAUCCUAGCAAGUUACUAAAAUGGAUGAAUCUUAUUUUGUUCUAAAACAUUUGUAUUUCACAUUGAUGUCAAUACUUCCAUAGUUUUGUUAUUUUUCAAGGACUGUCUUAUUUUUUAUGUGAUGUUAGUUUGACUAACAGUAUUCAGUGAUGUUUUUGUAACAUGCUGUACUAAAGAAAGACUUAUCUUUUUUUCUUCUUGUGAAAUAAAUCACAUAAACUAUC